GUCAAAAAUAAUGAAAAAGUAAACGCUGCGCCUGUCUGUAAUUGAGUAUUGCGUAGGUAGGUAGGUACCUACAUACUCUGUUACAAUGUUAAAAAUAAACACAAAAUUUGCUUGUGUAUCAAUGAGCUAAAGAGUAUAAUAUUCUUAAAAGUGUGGAAAUAAAAUGAAAGAAUCACACAAAUUUCAUUUACUGAUACCAUUGUGCUUAACGAAGUAAGCCAAGUCUUAUCUCUGUUGGCGUCCUCUUAGUUUUAUGAUUCAAGUUCACGAUGGCAACAGUGGAAGAUAUAGUUAAAGUGGCCGUGGUGACCAAUCGUACACCAAAUAAUGUAAGGUGUACUAGCACACUUACUGCAGAAGAAUUGUGUAUAAUAUUGUGUAAGAAAUACAACAUACCUCCUCUAACUCGUACAUUAUUUGCAUUACGAGUUAAGGGUACUGAUUAUUUCCUCAAGGAUAACUGUAAGGUCCUCUCGGGCUCUAGGGACUAUGAACUGAGGAUUCGUUUCAAGGUGCCAAGGUUAAGUCUUCUUAUAACAUUGGAUGAGACCACAUAUGAUUAUUAUUUCCAACAAGCAAGGAAUGACGUCAAUGAAAAUAAAAUACCUGAGAUUAAGUAUCCUGAACAUAAGCAAGAAUUACUCGGACUGGGGAUCACAGAUAUGACCCGUGCAAUAGCUGAAGAGAGAUUACCACUGAAUGAUGUUAUUCGAAAUUACAAAAAAUAUAUUCCUAAAGAGAUUGCUAAAAGACAUGGACCAUUUCCUAAAAAGUAUGCCAUUGAUUAUCUACCGCAAUUGUCUUCGGUCGGUCAUAAUGUGAAUUACGUGAAGAAUUUGUACUUACAACAGUUAUACGCGUUAGCACCAAAUUACCUCGCUGAGGAGUACGAUAAUGUUCUGUGGCAAAACGGCAGUGAGAUGACGCCAGUGCGGGUGAUGGUGGCACCUUUUCAUCCGCACCAUCCUGGAAUACGACUUUACAACACUCUGAAACGUGAAUGGUUCUAUGUGUGCUCCGUCGAGGAGUUGAUAUAUCUGACAAGGAACGGUGAUAGUUCAGUGGAAGUGUCAAGAAGAGGCACUCCUGUGUUUCUCAAGUUCAAGUCCGAGGAUCAGCUUUCGUCUUUUAUUUCUGUCUGUGAUGGAUAUUAUAGGUUGACCGUAAAAUGGACAUUCAAUCUCUCGAAAGACGAUGAGACGCCUUCACUUAAAGAAUUGCAAAGGAUCAAAUGUCAUGGACCUGUUGGCACAACAGAAACGUACAGAAUAGAAUUCAAAGGUCACUGCUACAUAUUCAGCACUGAAGAGUACUUUAGCAUUGAACGCUUGGUCAGUUGCCAUCAGAAUCCCGAAGGAAGAAUAUACCUCAACGAAUGCAUACCUCCCUCUGAGUAUGACAAAUCUCAGUUGCUUUUGUGCGGGGAACCGGUGAAGAGGGGUGUCCGCAUCGACCAGGCAGAAUUACAGGAGAUUCUGAGGGACAACAAGAGUCCCAGGUGCUUGCCUAACAAAGACAUUUUAUUGUAUACAGGCUCCGAGAAAACGGGCUCAGAAAAUAUAACGGCGACAUACAAAGCGCUAUGGAGGCUAGAUGAGACUAAGAAAUUGUUAGUUGCGUUCAAGACACUGCAACGGGAGAGGGCCAAUGACUAUUUAAAGGACUUUGUAGAUCUCGCAAGCAAAUGGGCGUGCAUACAGUCUAGUUCUAUAGUUAGGCUGUAUGGAGUGACUUUGAGUUCCCCGACAGCAAUGGUAUUGGAAUAUCUACCGUACGGACCGUUUGAUGAUUAUCUGAGAGAAAACGGCGACCGUAUAACGCCACUGCACUUAAAGAAGGUAGCCGCUGGUCUGGCGAGGGCGCUGUGGGACCUGUCGGAGGCGGGCGUGGUGCACGGCUACAUCAGGUGCCGGAAGCUGCUGCUGGCCGUGCUCGACGCGGACCGUAUUCAAGUCAAGCUCUCCGGCCCCACUCUGAGACAAUACACGCAGCAGGAUGUACAUUGGAUGCCUGUAGAAUUUUUCGCAGACAUGAACUUAGCGAAGAGAUCGGUCAUUGGAGACAUUUGGGCUUUCGCUACAACGCUCUGGGAAGUAUUCUCGUACGGACAAUUGCCAACUGAAACCAACCCUGUUUUGACAGUUAGGAGCUACGAGAUGGGCGACCGCCUGCUGCGGCCGGUCCGGUGCCCGGCGGAGGUGUGGGCGCUGGUGCGGCAGUGCUGGCACGCCGACCCGCUCCGUCCGCAGGAGAUCAUGCGGGACAUGAACCACAUGCUGUAUAGAGAAUAUGUUCCUGUACAUCAAUAUGAAGAACCUAAGAUAUCUCUUGAUCACAUAGAGCACGCAGAAACGGUGUCGAGUGAUCGUUUUAUUCCGAGCGAACUGAGUGACGCGGGAAGCAACAAAUCUCUUAUAUCGGACAACAGCGUUCCCUCUAUGAAUGGCACUAUGUCUGAUCAGUAUGACAAUCCCUUCGCAGACAACAAAAGUUCGAACUCGCUGGACAGCAUGGCGGCCCUGAUGUACGGGCUCCCCAACGAGGUGUCGUCGGCGCGCAGCACGAGCAGCGCGGGCGGCGCCGCCACGCUGGGGCUCGACGACGCGCUGCACGACUGCGACGCCUGGGCCUCCCCCAGGCUCAUGGAGUCCAUCGUCUCGCAGGGGAAGACCUACCUCGUCACCUUGACCAAGAAGAUCGGAAGCGGAAAUUACGGUCACGUAUUCAAAGGUUGGAUGGAGCGUGACAAUCAAGAAUCUCACAGAAAAGAAGUGGCGAUUAAGAAAUUAACCCGACAAGCCUCCGAAAGGAACGGGACGCUUUAUGAAGACUUCAAAAACGAAUUGGAGAUUAUGAAGUCAUUACAACACAUUAAUAUAGUAGAGAUACUGGGCUAUGCUUGGGACCAGGGACCGGAAGUUCUAAUAGUCAUGGAGUAUCUGGAAGAAGGUUCGCUUAACUACUACCUCAAAUUCCAAGGCGAAAAGCUUAGGAUAUCGCAUCUGCUCAAAUAUUGUAAGGACAUAGCAACGGGUAUGGACCACGUGUCUGCUAAAAACGUCGUGCAUCGGGAUCUGGCGACGCGGAACAUUCUAGUGGUGAACAAAUAUCACGUUAAGAUAUCCGACUUCGGUUUGGCCAGAAUCAUUCCUAAAGAAGAAAACACGUACAGACUUAAGACUGAAAGACUAUUACCAAUUAACUGGUACGCCCCCGAGUCGGCCGUGGAGCCGUGGCACUUCUCGACUAAAAGCGACGUGUGGUCGUACGGUGUAACCGCCUGGGAAAUAUUUACACGUGCCAGACAAGAAGUUCCUAAGUUCGACGUAGAUCGGCCGAGAGAAAGAGCGUCGUGUUUUCAAAUACCCGAAGAAUGUCCCUCUGAGAUAUUCAGGUACCUCAUGAAGGAGUGUUGGGCUCUCGAUCCGAAUUUACGGCCAAGGUUUAUUGACCUAAUACACACAUGCAAGAGAUUCAUAGCGGAAUAUCAGUAAUAUUCAUAUUUUGGAUGGUAGUGCAAAAUGAAUAAUGAAGAUUCCAAAUUCAAAAACGGUCAGAAAUUUGCUUAAAUCAAUGAACAAAUAUGAAGCAUCAAGGUAUUGUCUUUGAACGUAAUAACUGCUUAGUCCUGUUAGUUCCUCUUGUGAUGUAAAGAUGGCGCUUUAAUUUUAAAAACCCUGACAAAUCCUUUUUGGAUGAAAUUUAGAUGUCAAUGCAUUUAAUGAAUACGUAAGAGACAGGUUUAAUACAUAAUAAUACCUCAUUAUUAACGAAUCUAAUAUUUAUGCUUUAAAUAUUAUUGUAUAUAUAAAUAUGUUUUCAAUUUUUUUAAUGUUCUUCUUUACCUUGAUAAUUGUUGCUUGAAAUAUCAAUGAUAUAAUAAAUUAAAUAAUCUACACAUCUUAUACAGUUUAGAACUUGAAGAUUGGUUUUCAAAAAGUUUUCUAAAGGUUAUUUAUGUUUACUGUUUAUUCUACUCUAUUAUUUUCUAAAUUCACCUGGCGUAUCGAACGAUCCAAAACUCAGCGUAGCAAAAAGCAUGUUUUAAAAACUAUCAAAUUUCAAAAUAAAUUUUGACUUAGUAAUAAGACUUUUGAAAUGAAAUCUACAGUUUUAACUGGUUUGAAUCACUUAAAGAUUUGUAUAUCACAUUUGAACAAUGAUCUUAUUAACUGUCAAUUACCAGUUAUGAGCUUUAGACAAAACUAGUUUUAAGAAUCUAAUUAACACGUGUGGUCUUCGAUCAUAGGUGAAUGUAUUUGUGUCGGCAUGCAAAGUUAAAUUAAUUAUUUUCUACGUAAUAAUUAUUUGCACAAACUAUCCGAUUUGUUUUUUUUUUGUUUUUGUUUGUGGUUCCUUGAAGCAUUUGCCUUUAGCGUAUAAAUGAGAUUUGUUUUGUAAUUUUUUUUAUUUUUUUAUUAUUACUCAUAUUUUUGCCGAAAUGUUUUAUUUAUGGUCUUAUUCUAGAACUUAUUAUUAUUAUUUUAGU